GCGAACAAAAGCAUGGCUCCCUUUAUACGGGCUUUAAAGCUUUUGCCAGCUGUGGUGGUGCACACCUUUAAUCUCAGCACUCAGGAGGCAGAGGCAGGUGGAUUUCUGUAAGUUCAAAGCCAGCCUGGUCAACACAGAAUGUUCUAGGACAGCCAGGGUUAAACAGAGAAAACCUGUCUUUUUUUUUUUUUUUUUAAAAUCAAGUUUCUUCAAGCUAGACUUAGUCACUCAGCCAUGGGGUACUGGGGUCUGAUGCAGGCCAACAUCUCCCCAUCUAGUUACUGGUGGCAGGAGCCCUUUAUCCAAGUUCCUCCUUUGUCUGAUGUCCAGCCUUCCUACUUUCUUUCCUCCCUCUUCGAGGGCACCAAAGAUUUCUGUGCUCACUGUUCAUCUGGCCCAGGCUUCAGGCCUCUCAGUCUGCCCGCUCACCUCACGAUUCUGUCUUCGCUAGUGCCAUGCGUUUGUGUGUGUGUGUGUUGGGGGCAGGGCAGGUGGAUUAACUUUGGCUCUUGUGAGCUCCUCCCUAUCUGCCAUGAGAGGCAAGCAGGUCUUCAGACAUCAAAUGCUAACAGUUUGAUCUUGGACUUCCCAGGACCCAAUGCCGUGGGAAAAUUAAUUUCUAUUCUUUAUGAACCACACAGUGUCGAAUAUUUUGUUAACAGCCUAGCUGGCCGGAGACAAUCUCCCAAACCUUAGUUGUCCUCACUGAGGAGGACCCACACCUAAAGCACUUCCUCCAGAACUAUUAUGUUAGACGGACACAAUUUUGGUGAUUAAUCACUUUUAUGCUAAAAUAUUUUCUGCUAUUCUAAAUUAUUUAAUUAAAUAAAUUGAACUUCUCAUGGAUUUAUUUCCUUGGUUAGAAUGUAAGCUGCAGGAAAAGGAUUUGGGAGGCUUCUUUUUGUGAUUUGAAUGGGGAAAGAAUUUGUGGGGCUGCCCUAGAAAUGCAACAGCCAUAACUAUGAAAAUCAAUACAUUUUAAAAACUAGGUUUAUAUAUUUAAAGUUUUGGGGGUUUUUGUUUUAUUUUUAUUUUUUGGUUUUUCGAGACAGGGUUUCUCUGUAUAGCUUUGGAGCCUGUCCUGGAACUAGUUCUUGGAGACCAGGCUGGCCUCGAACUCACAGAGAUCCACCUGCCUCUGCCUUCCUGGAUGCUGGGAUUAAAGGCGUGCGCAAGUUAGCCAACGAAGUCUGGUCCUCUGAAGGGGGCUGUACUUAAUGCAUAGACUAGGGAGUGAUAAGGGCCAAUGUGUUUCCAACCUUCUAUGUCCAUUUUCAUUAUACUCGCCCAGUUUUUUGGUUUGGAUUUUUCUGAAACCCAAGUAGCACGAGAAAGCUAGCUCUGAAUGAGAGUUAGAUUGUGCUUUUGUUGUUUCUUUCUUCUGGUUAGGUAAGUUCUCCCAGGUUAAAAAUAUUUACUCUAUAUGCUCUCUGUUCAUGCCUAGGCCAAUGGCCACGCUUAGGAUGCUCUUCCCACCCCACCAUUCCGCAUCAGGUCUUUAAUAUUUCAGGGAACGGAAGACAGGAUGCCCUGAAUUUUCUAGACCAGCUUCGUUGCCUAAAAUGCAAUUGUUCGCCUAUUACAAGGGGGAGGGCCUGACGGCUGAGGUUGCCCUCCCUCAAUCCUCCAGGCUCGGGUACCGGGUGGGAUGAGGAAUGAAUGACUUGAUGGGAAGGUGUGAGCAAACUGGAAGAAUCUGUUCCUUGACUGUCGAGAGACCCCUGGCGUUUUCAGUUCAAAGGGAAGGAGAGCACCGGGAACCCGAGGGACGCGAGGGAAUCGUCCGGAAGUCCGGAAAGGCUCCUGGAGCAAAAGGCCGGUCGCCUUUUCGGGAGCGGAUCAGCGUCCUGAGCAAGGCCAGCAGACGCCUCCCCGGAGCCCGGACCGGCGCGAGGGGCGGGCUCCUCCGGCGGAAGGGGUCACCUGGGUCCAGGACCCGAAGGAGAUUUAAGGUUGACAGCGGAUGCAGAAUGCACAAUCCAGGGUGCAUAUAACUCUGUAUCCAGCAUGCUGCAAGGCUACAGCUCCGUGUUCCAGGCCUUGCUGGGGACCUUCUUUACCUGGGCAAUGACCGCUGCCGGAGCAGCUCUUGUGUUCGUAUUCUCCAGUGGGCAGAGGCGGAUCUUAGACGGAAGUCUGGGCUUUGCUGCAGGGGUCAUGUUAGCGGCUUCGUAUUGGUCCCUGCUAGCACCAGCGGUUGAGAUGGCCACGUCCUCAGGGGGCUUUGGCGCCUUUGCCUUCUUCCCCGUGGCUGUUGGCUUCACUCUGGGGGCUGCUUUCGUCUACCUGGCUGAUCUCCUGAUGCCGCACUUGGGUGCUGCGGAAGAUCCCCAGACAGCCUUGGCCCUGAACUUGGAUCCUGCACUGAUGAAGAAGAAGUCUGAUCCCGAGGGCCCCGCCACACUGCUCUUCCCCGAGAGGGAACUUUCCAUCCGGAUAGGUAGCGCUGGGCUUCUUUCAGACAAGAGUGAGAAUGGUGAGGUAUACCAGAGGAAGAAGGUGGCAGUCACUGGCCUCCCAGAGGGCACUGCCCCCUCAGGGGCUGUGCAAGGGAACUCCGGGCAGCCUGGGGUGAGCAGCUGGAGGAGGAUUGCUCUGCUUAUCCUGGCCAUCACUAUACACAACAUUCCAGAGGGUCUCGCUGUCGGUGUAGGAUUUGGAGCUGUAGAAAAGACUGCAUCUGCCACCUUGGAGAGUGCCAGGAAUUUGGCCAUUGGAAUUGGGAUCCAGAAUUUCCCUGAGGGCCUGGCUGUCAGCCUCCCUCUGCGUGGAGCUGGCUUCUCUACCUGGAGAGCCUUCUGGUAUGGACAGCUGAGCGGCAUGGUGGAGCCCUUGGCUGGGGUCUUUGGAGCCUUUGCCGUGGUGCUGGCCGAGCCUGUCCUGCCCUAUGCGCUGGCCUUUGCUGCUGGUGCCAUGGUCUACGUGGUCAUGGACGACAUCAUUCCUGAAGCCCAGAUGAGUGGCAACGGGAAGCUGGCCUCCUGGGCCUCCAUCCUGGGAUUCGUGGUGAUGAUGUCCCUGGAUGUGGGCCUCGGCUAGCUCCGACAACCCUGGGACCCGAGGAAGGAAAGUGCCGGACUUCUGCAGGACCGCGAGCCUCUCUCUUCACCUUAACACCGCAUCCCUUUCUCUCCUCUCUGCCACCUACCCGGAUUAGCUCUGAUUACGUUUUGAUUUUUCAUUUUGCUUUGGAGGGAGAAGCUGGUUUUCUUUGUAAUCUCAAGGCGUCAUAGGACUGGAGAUUUGUGUUUGGGCCACUGAAUGGAAGGAAUCUGUCUUCAGUAGGCUUGUCAAGGCCAGCCCCUCCUGUCCCACCUCCAGCCCCCCUCACUAGACUGGACUUCAGCUCCUCAGGGUCACCUCCAGAAGUCAGCUCUUGGGACAUGAGUCCUGAGCAUCUUGGCUUAGGGUCUUAGAGCAGGUGGCCAGAGCCCCUUGUGCUCUCUCAACUGUGGAGCUUCUGUCCACCUAGAAUGACACCUAGAAUACCAGGACAGACGCAUCACGAGCACAGAAGGCUGUUCUCCAAGGCUGAGCCAGCUCAAGCAGGGUCUGCUUCCUCCAGGGAGGCCACACUGAAGACCCCCACACAAAGGACAGGGAGUCAGCUAGUCUUCUCUUUUGUCCUAAGGCAAAUAUUGGCAUUUUUGAUGCUAGAGAAAUUUGGAAAUUAGGGUGACCGUGAGCACACACACAGUGUGCUCUGUGAAAAGGGGUGAAAGUAUGACUUUGAGCUGAGCCUCUGGCAGGUCAGAACAGAGCGAUUAGUCAUGGUUCUUAGAUCUCCCAGCUCUUAAUCCUGAUGUGUUUACAGCCCUUGUCCCCCCCCCCCCCAGACUUGUGGAUCCUAGCAAACAGCAAGUACUCAGCCCCUCCUUUACUAAUGGAGUUACUUAAGUUUGCUCCAGGGGAUGAGUGACCUUUAGAGCCAGCUAAGGCUCUUUUUCUGCUGGCAAUUUGGAAACAUAACCCACCCAGACCCCUGAGCUUUGGUAGGCUUUGUCGGAAUCUGGCCAGAGGGCUUCAAAUGAGAAAGCGGGGGGGGGGGGGGGGGGGGGGGGUGGGGGGGUGGGGGGGGGGGGGGGGGGGGGGGGGGGGGGGGGGGGGGGGGGGGGGGGGGGGGGGGGGGUAGGCAGGUGUAUUUUUACAUUUCCUUUCUUAGAAAACUUCCCAGUCUGAGGUGACCCUGAGGAAUGACUGGACCUAGACUAACCUGCUCCAUCAUAUAUGUAGCUCCCCCAGUAGCUCUCACAACACGCCUGAGACCUGAGCCCUCCUGAUCGGUAGUGUGUGUGGGACUCAGAGUGGACUCCACUUGGGAGCCAGGCAUUCAGGUACUGGGUUAACAGGGUCUACUCUGUGUUUACGUGUUCCGUCCCUCUAAGGGUGAAUACCGUAGCUGCAAACGCUCAAGAUCUCAGAGGCCAACCUCAGCUGGGAGUACGUACGUUCUUCGGAAGCACUGGUGAUCAAAAUUGAAGGCGCAUUCAGAGAUUUGGUUGGCUGAGGCUGGUUUGGUGAUUGGCACAUGUGUGUAUUUUGGUCUUGUGUCUUGGUGUGUAGUUCUGUUACUGCAAAUUGUUCUUUCUGCUGGAUGAGACCUUGUAACUGUGAUUAAUAUCAAUAAAGGGAAUUUUGUCGUGCACAA